AUGGUUUACAACCAGAAAAUGAGAGCAAAUUCAAUGGAAAAGAUGUUGCUAGUUAGAUUAUUAAUAUUACUAAUUUAUGGUUUGUGGAUACUUGCAAUUUCUGUUAACAGCAAUGGUCUAGCUAUUGAAUGCUUAGCAUCUGAUCAUGAAGCUCUUUUAGACUUCAAAAAUGGGCUUGAUGAUCCUCACAAUCGCCUAUCUUCAUGGAGAAACACUAACUGUUGUCAAUGGCAUGGAAUAUAUUGUGAUAACAUCACAGGUUCUGUUGUUGCAAUUGAUCUCCAUAACCCACAUCCAGUGCUCUUUGCUUCUUCUCCUAGCAAAUAUGGAACAUGGAACUUGAGUGGUGAGCUAAGACCAUCAUUGAUGAAGCUUAAGUCACUAAGUCAUUUAGACUUAAGCUUCAACACAUUCAUGGGAAUACCAAUUCCUAUGUUCUUUGGAUCACUAGUGAAUUUGCAAUACUUGAACCUGUCAAAUGCUGGCUUUGCUGGCAUGAUUCCACCUCAUUUGGGAAACCUUUCUCAGUUGCAAUUUCUUGAUCUCAAGGAUUUUAGCUUGCAUGUUGAAAAUCUACAAUGGGUGGCUGGCCUUGUCUCUUUGAAACAUCUUGCCAUGGAUGGAGUUGACCUUUCAUCGAUAUCGAGAACAGACUGGGUUAGUGCAUUAAAUCAACUUCCUUUUUUAAUGGAAUUGCAUCUAUCUUCUUGUGAGUUGUUUGGUCAUAUUCCAUCUCCCCCAUCUCAUAAUUUUACUUCACUUGUUGUUCUAGAUCUUAGUUAUAAUAGCUUUGUUUCAAAGAUACCAUAUUGGCUUGUUAACAUUAGCACCUUACAACAUAUCAACAUAAGUAACAAUGCACUUUAUGGAAAAAUACCACUUGGUUUAAGAGACCUGCCAAAGUUGAAGUCUUUGAAUUUAGAGAAAAACUACAAUCUCACAGCAAGUUGUUCUCAACUCUUCAUGGGAGGAUGGGAAAAGAUACAGGUGCUUGAUUUGGGAAGUAAUAGACUACAUGGGAGACUUCCUUCAACACUUGGAAACUUAACUUCUCUCACUUACCUUGUGCUUUCUUUUAAUGUUCUUCAAGGUGUUAUUCCUAGUUCAAUCGGUAAACUUUGCAACUUGAAUAUUCUCGAUUUAUCUGAAAACAACAUUACAGGAACUCUACCUGAAUUUCUUCAAGGAAUUGAUAACUGUCUUUUCAGAAAACCUUUUCCUAAUCUGGUGUAUUUUAUCAUGAAUAACAACCAGCUGCAUGGUAAAAUCCCACAUUGGCUAGUUCAACUAGAAAGUCUUGCUGGUGUAAGUCUUGCAUAUAAUUUGCUUGAAGGUCCUAUUCCUAUUUCUUUAGGGUCAUUGAAAAAUCUUAUGACCUUGGAACUUGAAGGGAAUAAAUUGAAUGGCACUCUCCCAGAUAGUUUAGGACAACUUUCUAAGUUGUUACGCUUAACUAUUUCUUCCAACCAGUUGAUAGGCACGGUAACUGAAGAUCAUUUUUCAAAACUAACUGAGUUGGUUUUUUUAAAUAUGUCUUCCAAUUCAUUCACUUUAAAUGUCAGUAUCGAUUGGAAACCGCCAUUCCAAGUAACUUUCCUUCAUAUGGGUUCAUGUGCUUUAGGGCCUUCAUUUCCACCUUGGGUGAAAUCACAGAAACAGGUUCGGAAUAUCGAUUUUUCAAAUGCUAGCAUUGUUGGUUUUAUACCAAAUUGGUUUUGGGAUAUUUCAACCCACUUGGUUUUUUUAAACAUGUCUCACAAUGAGUUACAGGGCUCACUUCCAAAUCCAAUGCCUAUGGAAUUGGCUUCUUCUGUUUUUGUCGAUCUAAGCUUUAAUCUUCUUGAGGGACCACUUCCUGUAAUAACACCUGGAUUCGAGUUGUUGGACCUCUCACACAACCGUUUUUCUGGUGCAAUCCCAUUGAACAUAAGUCAACACAUGCAUUAUGUGGCAUUUUUAUCUCUUUCAUAUAAUCAACUCCAUGGAGAAAUACCGUUGUCUUUAGGAGAAAUGUCCUUAGUUACUGUCAUUGAUCUUUCAAACAACAACUUUACUGGAAAUAUCCCUCAAAGUCUUACAAAUUGCAUUUAUCUGGAUGUACUAGACCUUGGGAAUAAUAGGUUGUUUGGGUCUAUUCCAAGUUCUUUGGGAAAAUUAUCACUACUCAGAUCACUUCACCUUAAUGAUAAUCGCCUUUAUGGGGAUUUGACAUCAUCUUUAAGAAAUUUGUCCAUUUUGGAAACCAUGAAUCUUGGCUACAAUAAAUUUUCUGGUACUAUUCCAACUUGGUUUGGCGAAGGUUUUCCAUUUCUGAGAAUUCUUAUUUUGAGGUCUAAUGCAUUUUUUGGUGAACUGCCAUCUGAGCUUUCAAAACUAGGUUCAUUGCAAGUACUUGACCUUGCUAGAAAUGACUUGACUGGCAGCAUUCCAGCUAGCUUUGGAGAUCUGAAAGCAAUAACCCAAGUGGAGAAGAAAAAUAAAUACUUAAUGUAUGGAAGUUAUGCAGACCUUUCUAAUAAUAACUUCAUUGGAGAUAUUCCCAAUGAAAUUACAAAACUAUCUGGUUUGUUGGUUCUCAACUUGUCUAGAAACCAUAUAUCUGGCCAAAUUCCUGAAACCAUAUCAAAUAUGCAUCAGCUAUCAUCUCUUGAUCUCUCAAGCAAUCGUCUUUCUGGCACAAUUCCGUCAAGCUUGUCUUCCUUAUCAUUUUUGGGGUCCAUAGAUUUGUCCAACAACAACCUCGUAGGUGUUAUUCCUUAUACAGGUCAAAUGACAACCUUCGAUGCAAAAGAUUUUAUUGGGAAUCCUGGUCUUUGUGGUCCUCCACUUCUUGUGAGGUGUUUAGAUGAUGAUGAUUCUAGCCAUGACUCUAACAAGAAACAUAGUAAAAGUAAUGAUACAAAUGAUGAGCGGUUGUUUGAUAACUGGUUUUACUUGAGUCUUGGUUUGGGAUUUGCAACAGGUAUUUUGGUUCCUUUUUUCAUUUUAACAAUUAAGAGUUCUUGGAGCAGUGUCUAUUUUGAUUUUCUGGAUCAUGUUAUUGACAAAUUGUUUACACACAGACACUGA